UACUUUCAAAUGGAAGCAACUUGUGUGUAAAAAAGUGAUACUAAGGAUAGAGAGAGAGAGAGAGAGAGCGCUUAAAACAUCAAACCUGAUUAAAAGGUGUUUGAAACCCACAAGCAGCUAAAUUAUCAUACAGUAUAUAUGUUUACAAUGAAAGUGGUCCACAUACUUUUUGGGGGAACGUUUUGCUUGGCUUUUCAUUUAGAUAUUACCAUGCAGAAUGAAAUUAACUAUGGAGAUUUAGGUGAAGAAGUUCACCACCCUGACUAUGUUACGAAAGGGGAAUUUAAUCGAUUAAAGCAGACUGUUGACAUGCAGGCAUUACAGAUUGCCAUAAUGAAGAAAGGAGAAGAACUGUACAAAGAACGGCUGAACACACUGAGAGAAGAACUGAAGAAACUCAAAGAUGAACCAAAGAUUGUAUUCUCGGCUAGUGUGCUUACAGCUCUGGGUCCAUUUGAUACUGCACGAAGAAUUGAUUAUACAGAUGUGACUGUAAAUGAAGGAAAUGCCUAUAACCCUACAACUGGGGUCUUCACUGCUUAUAUCAGAGGGGUUUACUUCUUCAGUUAUACCGCAGUCUCACAAAAAGUAAAGUUGGUCAUUAGUCUGAUGAAAAAUGAUAAACGAGUAGUUUCUCUGUGGAAUAAGGGGGAUUCAGACAGUGGUGACUUGUUCAGCAAUGCCGUUAUCCUAUCACUGGAAGUGGGUGAUUGGGUUUAUAUAAAGCUACAAAAGGAUGACCCAGCUCAUGACAAUGAAAAUCAAUAUAUAACUUUCAUUGGAUUUUUGAUGUUUCCAUUAUGAGUUACAGCUACAUUGCUUGGAAAACUGAAAUUAGAAUGUGUGAUUUAGGACUUAACGACAUUCACAGCACUACAUUUGUUUUCAUUAUAAAUUUGUACUCCAGUAUUUAGACAGGAUAUUUGCUGUAUUACUUAUGAUGUGUAGGAAAAAAUACUGCACCAUCAAUACCUGAAUAUUUUAAAUGUUAUAAUACUGCUUACCAAAGAUGUUGGGUCAGACUGUUUAGACCAUUUUUAAGGACUUAAAAUCAA